GCUGCUUAACCAGCAUACUAUUCUAGGAUUACCUGUGGCAGAUUACUUCUCCACCAUAAUACUUAUGGUACUUUACAUAACACCAGGAUUACUUCAGGUUGGCAGUUUUGUCAAUAAAAGAUAUUGAUCAUCUUCAGAGCUAUUUGUGUCUGUUUCUGUAGACAGAAUGGCAUUAGCAAGUGGACACUGGGUUGCCAAGGAAACAAAAGGUGAACCGCCAAGCCCCAGGUAAGUAACUGUGUGUGUGUGUGUGUGUGUGUGUGUAUGUGUGUGUGUGUUUGCGUGCAUGUGUGCAUGCUUGUGUGUGUGCUUCUCUCAGUGACAGCUCAGCAUUUCUCCCGUCAUCACCUCAGGUAUGCCCCAAGUCUUUUCUUAACUUGGCUGAACAUGCCACUCUAGAAGCAGACGGAAAAACAACAAAGUUGUUUCCAUGUUUCAUUUCUCCAUUUCCACAUAUCUCCACCUUCCCAGGCAUGGCCAUGCGCUAGCUGUGGCUGGGAAUAUAGCUUUCCUGUUUGGAGGGGUGUCCACCAUAUCCCAUGAGGUAAAUCUCACCACCUUAUGCUACCAUUUGGUAAGACUAUCUAAAACACUGUAAUGAACCUAACAAUGUAUUUCCCCUUGUUCUGUAGGAGGAUCAGCCUGUAUAUUUGAAUGACUUCUACAUGCUCACAGGUACAGUAUAAUUCUACUCUAUGAGCUCAACCCAACACAUGUAGGCUAUGACUAAAUACCCCUAUUGACAGUCUGGAUUAAUCAUAAUUCAAGCCUUCUUAAACAUGCAUUGUAUUAUGAUUACUCACAUAUGAUUACUCACUUCACUCUACAAACUUGUAUUGUGUUUCUAGUUUCAGCCACUCACAUCACAUGGGAGGUGAUGCCACAGAAUGGGGUUGUACCCCCAGCAAGAGAAGGACACACACUUUGGUAAUUGAUAUACUGUAUACAGCAUCUGAACAAUUAGGAUAUCUCAAUUACCAUUUGAAUCUCAGACCAUACUAAUACUGUAUGCUAUUUGUCUUCAAAUCAAUCAUGGAGACAUUCAUUGAGACAUCUGUUGAGAUGUACAUAUAUACUGUAGAUAUAUUCUCCCUGCCUCCACAGUGUGGUUAAAGGCAAGCUCUACCUGUUUGGAGGAGUGGCCAGUCCGCAGGCUGGAGAAUGUCUUCCUGGCGUCUACUGCUUUGACAUAGGUAAGAUUACAGGGCAGGGAGUCCCUGGGUUAUUAUAGGGAAGCAGUGUAUUAUUAUUUCCACAACCCGUGCUUAGGAUCUUUAGGGUGAGAUUGUGAUCUUCAUUACAGGUUAUCAUGACUAAAACUACACAGUUUAACACAGAGUCAAACAUGCCCUCUGAUCUCAUUGGCUACAGUGUCGUUGACGUGGGAGCGGCUCGCCAAAGGGGGUGUGUCUCUCAGAACCAUCAGACACAGUUCCUUCGCUGUGGGAGACAACAUUUAUGUCUAUGGUGGGCACCAAGACGGGGUCCCCACUGAUGACCUCAUGAUGUUCAACACAGGUCUGUAUGGGCCAGUGUGUAGCCAUGGUCACUGACAAGCAUAGCAAACACUUUCAUCCAAAGCUACGUAAAAGACACAUAAAAUCAGUGACCCUGUUGCUGUCAGGUCGAACCCACUGAUUAGGAAGUAAAUUAUAAAUAAUGCUUCCGUGGAGGUUAACUUUGGUGAGGGGGAAUAAUUAUGCAUGUAGAGGAAUGUAUCUCUUCAGUCUGUUUGGUUCAGAGUGUGUCUGCUUGUAUUUCAGCGUCUCUGAACUGGACCCCAGUCAAGACCACUGGCACUCUGCCAUCUGCAAGGUAAUUUACUCCGUCGUAAACAUAAGAAGCCUUACUAGUGGUCUCAAAUUACAGCAAUGAGCUAAAGAUUCUCCUGUUGAAAGGAUGCAUCUUUACAUUUGCUGGGUUUAGCUAAUAUUGUACGCCAGAAGACUUGUUUGUUAGCUGUGCUGCAUUCCAUCACAGAGUGUGCGUAGGUUGCCAUGGCACAGUAUGUUGACAACGGCAACCAAUAGAGUAACGGACGACCUCAUGUGAAACUAUAUCUGAAUGCCAUCUGUCUUCCAUUGAAGCCCCCCAGUACUUGGCACGGUUCAGUCAUGACAGUUCCAAGGACGCCCAACAGUCUAGUAUGGGCACUCUCAUCCUCAUCCUAAUCCAAAUUCACACAGCCCUUGCCUUGAAACAAGUUUGGCUUCAUUUCAGUUCUGAACUUAGUUCAAUUCAGUCCAGUUUUAUUUUAUAUGUCUUUACGAACACUUUUUUUUUUUUUGACAGAAAGAACAUUGUAGCCUAAUACAUUGCUUGUUGUCAUGCUCUGUUUCUGCAGAUGCAGCCUGCUACAGUAUUUGCCUGUGUCUGUGAUGUUUUGUCUUUGUAGAUACAACCAGACGUUUGCUGUAGUCAGUGAGCAGGUGUUCAUGUUUGGGGGAUGUGCUGAGGAUGGCUGCUACUACAGAGACAUCCAUGUUCUCAACACGGGUAAAGAAAUGCUAGUGCACCUACAGACUUCAUAAAUGACAUCACCAGCAGCAAACCACUAUGAUGUAAUGCUGUUAUUCUAAACUCACUGUGACAUUUUUUUUAUACAUUAUUGAUGUAACAUUGGAAUUGUCAGAAUAGAUGUGGUAAAGAGGUCAAUGGAAUUCGACCAGAACUAUGGGAAUGCCAAGGAAACGAGUGGGGGCAAGAUAGUGUGGGGGAAAGAUCCUGAUUCUCCUCAGCAAAAUUAUCCUACAUUUAGGCUAUUGUUUAUGUGUUUAUUUCACACUAUGAGGGAAAAAUCAGAGUAUAAUGCUUGUAUGGAUGUCAACCCCAAUGCAUGUACAUGUCAUCGUCACCAAUCAACUUCAUUACAGAUAAAAACGACUGACUACCACUGCCAAUUUCUGAAUGCUAGCUAUGCUACCAGCUUGUACGAACUGGAGUUAGCAUUUGGCAGUCACUUCUUCUAAACCUGAAAAGGGACUUCUUCUAAAUGUUAUGCAGUGAAAACAGACAAAUAUAUCCAAAUCGGACUUUAGUAACCACAUUGUGGGCCUGUUACAAUACAUCAAUCAGAUUUCCCCCAUGGUCUGCGUUCCAUUGACCUAUUUUCUUAGCCUCCAACUGCUCUUAAACACUAGUAAAACGAAAUGCAUGCUCUUCAAUCGAACGCUGCUGGCACCCGCCCACCCGACUAGAAUCACUACUCUCGACGGGUCUGACCUAGAGUAUGUGGACAACUACAAAUACCUAGGAGUCUGGUUAGACUGUAAACUCUCCUUCCAGACUCACAUUAAGCAUCUCCAAUCCAAAGUUAAAUCUAAAAUUGGCUUCCAAUUUCGCAACAAAACCUCCUUCACUCAUGCUGCUAAACAUGCCCUCGUAAAACUGACUAUCCUACCGAUCCUUGACUUCGGCGAUGUCAUUUACAAAAUAGCUUCCAACACUGUACUCAGCAAAUUGGAUGUAGUCUAUCACAGUGCCAUCCGUUUUGUCACCAAAGCCCCAUAUACGAACUUAAAUGACCUCAUCCUCGAACAGCCUACAUAGGGUUCCAAAAGGGUUCUGUGGCUGUCCCCAUAGAAUAACCCUUUUUGGUUCCAGGUAGAACCUUUUUGGUUUCAGGUAGAACUCUUUUGGUUUCCAUGUAGAACCCUCUGUGGAAAGGAUUCUACAUGGAACCCAAAAGGGUUCUACCUGGAACCAAUAGGGGUUCUUCAAAGGGUUCUCCUUUGGGGACAGCUGAAUAACCAUUUUUGGUUCUAGAUAGCACCUUUUUUUCUAAGAGUGUAGUGCGACUUCAUUAAUGACAUCAUUACCAGCAAACCAGUAUGAUGUAAUGCAAUCAUCAGAAUGGGGCUCAACUUGUCUGACCUCAUCCUCAGACAGCCUAUUCUGACAUUAUUAAUAAAUCAGCAGCAGCAAACCACUAUGAUGUAAUGUUGUUAUUCUAAACUCAUUGUGACAUCGAUAGUGCAUUAUUGAUGUCACAGUGGAAUGGGGCAGAAGUGAACUAAAGUGACCUCUCAUUCUCAGAAUCCCUGGUGUGGCAGAGGUAUGGUGUGAAGGGGGAGUCGCCCCUGGCCUGUGCAGGUCAGACCCUCACAGCACAUCAUGACAAGGUAUAAACAUCACACUAAAUGCCCCCUCACCACCUACCAAAAAUACCCAAUGAUAAUGAUAUUGCCAGGCAACAGAAUGCUUGAAUCAUUAAAUCCUUAACGGACUAUGAAUGUCUACUUUGGUGUUAUUCAUGUACUCAUGUUCUUAUUAUUUGAAUAUCAUUCAAUUCAGGAUAUUUACUUGUUUGGUGGCAAAUGCACCAGUCAGGAUGGAACAGUCACAUCAACAAAUGAAAUUCAUAAAUUAAGCAUUGGUAAGUCAAACAGCAUCAUCAUGGUUUCCACUAUAUUAUCAUGGGCAUUAGCAUACUGCAUGUUUGCUGUCCUCGUGUGGAAAAAGUCCAUGCAAAAAAAUCCAUCCCACUUUCCUUCAAGCAAUUAUUAUUUGUUUUCAGCGGUUUGAAUAAAGAUCAGAGGGGUACAGAUAAAGGCCUAGUAGCUGACACGUACUGACAUGUCCCCCCUUCCCUGUCUCUUCUCCCUCCCUCUACUUCUCUCCCUCCCUGGUCUCUCUCUCUCUCUUUCUCCAUCCCUCUCUCCUUCUCUCCCUCCAUCUCCCCCACUCCAGCUAAGAUGAAAUGGAAGGUGCCUCUCUAUGUGGGGAUUCCUCCGGCCCGACGUCAUGACCACACAGCCUUCAUCCUUCACAGCCAUGUGUGUGUGUGUGUGUGUGUGUGUGUGUGUGUGUGUGUGUGUGUGUGUGUGUGUGUGUGUGUGUGUGUGUGUGUGUGUGUGUUUGUGUGUGUUUGUGUGUGUUUGUGUAUGUUUGUGUGUGUGUAUGCUUGGAUGCAUGUGCACACACGUGUGUGUCAUCUGUCUAUCUCUUCCUCUAUUGUUCUCUCUUAAUGAUCUGAUGUUCUGGAUAAGAGCAUCUGCUAAAUGACAAAAAAUGUAAAAAUGUAAAUGUAAAAUGUUCGUAUUAUGCAGAUGUAUGUAUUCGGUGGCAAAAAUGAAGAACAAGAAUUCAAUGACCUGAAGGUGAUGAAAUUGAUUAACCCAUCCGAAAGACAGCCAGGUAACACAGCCUAUAUCAAUUUCAAAGAUUUCCAAUACUUGGGUAGUUUUUUUGCCAUUCCAUUACACUUUUACAUCUUUCUUCAACCUUUAUUCAUGUGUCUCUGGGAGUUUGAUGUAAUUUGAUAAGCCGGUGCUGCAGUUCCGUUCUGUUCUUCUAAUAGUGAUGAAGGAGAUUCUAUCUGAGUUUGGGCUUCAGGGAGUCAGCCAUGGGUGAGUAUUUUGGUAUGUCAGCUAUCCUAUUCACACUACAAUUAACAUUUUGCUCUCUUUUGCAGACUUUUUUUUUCUGGUUUGGCUGUGUUAUUUACGUUCACCUACAGAUGUAGAAUCUGAACCAGUCUCCUACAGCAGAAAAAUUAUCCUGCUGCAAAACAGGAAAUGUGAAUUAUUGUGUGGAUUUUAAUUAAUUGACAUUUUUGUAGCAGUUGAUACAUUUUUCGUAAGGGGAAAUCAAGUCUGAAAUUUUUGUGGAAAUUACAUCUUUAGAAGCCUUUUUAAACCUAAAAUACACUACAAGUUUUACAUUUCCUGCAUUUCAGGAAAGUUAUCCUGCAACAGGGUGAUCAAGUUAAGAUCCUACACCUACACAGUUACAGUUAUUCAAAUUAGGUUUCAGGUUUCACAAAGCUGUUUCGCUCUCAAUUGAUCAGCUUCGCGCCGACAAAGGUUCCCAAUGUCAAGUAUGAGUUGAGUGAGUCUCCAUCGCUGUUUUCUGUGAGGACGGAUGCAGCUGCCUCUGCACAGGUGGGUCACAUGUAAAGCAGUGAACUUUUCAUCAAACUGCAUAGAGGCAUUGUUAAUGUAUGAUGUAGUAACUUAGUAAAAUACUUAAGGCAGUCAAUCAAUCAAUCAAAUGUAUUUUUAAAUCCCUUUUUACAUCAGCAGUUUUCACACAGUUCUAUACAGAAACCCAGCCUAAAACCCUAAAGAGCAAGCAAUGCAGAUGUAGAAGCAUGGUGGCUAGGAACAACUCCCUUGAAAGGCAGGAACCUAGGAAGAAACCUAGAGAGGAACCAGGCUCCGAGGGGUGGCCAGUCCGCUUCUGGCUGUGCCAGGUGGAGAUUAUAAGAGUACAUGGCCAUUAAGGCCUGAUCGUUCUUCAAGACGUUCAACCUUUUAUAGAUGACCAGCUGAGUCAAAUAAUAACCACAGUGGUUAUAGAGGUUGCAGCAGUUCAACACCUCAGGAGUAAAUGUCAUUUGGCUUUUCAUAGCCGAGCAUUCAGAGGUCGAAACAGCAGGUCCGGGUAAGAACAAGAGAGAGAAAGGGUCGAAACAGCAGGUCCGGGUAAGAACAAGAGAGAGAAAGGGUCGAAACAGCAGGUCCGGGUAAGAACAAGAGAGAAAAAGGGUCGAAACAGCAGGUCCGGUGAAACAGGUCAGGGUUCCAUAGCCUCAGGCAGAACAGCAGAACUGGAUCGGCAGCAUGACCGGGUGGAGUGGGGACAGGGACAGCCAGGAGUCGUCAGGCCAGGUAGUCCUGAGGUAUGGUCCUAGGGAUCAGGAGAGAGAGAGAGCAAGAGAGAGAGAGAGAGAGGAGCCAAACUUUCCUUAAGAAAACCCCACCUUGUAAGACAUGUUAUUAUAUGCAGGUAGUAGCAACUUGCUCACAUACUGUUUUUAUAACAACUUGUAGCCUGUAUGUUUAUUGUGCUGAUGUUACAUCAUUAGGUUACAGCCCAAAGAGACUUCAGUGCCGUCCGAGAUGAGGCGAUGGAUAUGAUCCAUAAAGCUUUCUCCAUGCUUGAUGGAGAAUUCCAGAAGCUUGACAGGUAUUAUGUUUUCAAUCUAGGUCCAAAGUUUGACAAACAGAUCACCUUUUCAGUGGUGGUGUCAAACAUUUUCCUUACCAAUAAACUCUUAAUUAAUUGACUGAGUGACUGACAAACCGAUUCAUUCAUGCAUUCAUUCAUUCAUUCAUUCAUCCAUUCAAUCACUUAUUCAUUACCGUAGAGAAAGGUCAGAGCUUGCUCAGUCUGCAGCUGCUCUUCAGUACAAGAGAGAAGCUCACGAAGCCCACCAUCAGCAACAGGAGGAGGUAAAGGCUCAUUCAUAGUUCAAGAUUAUCACUCACUCACUCACUAAAUAUGUAGCUUUCCAAUAGUUCCCCUUUUUGUGGGGGUGAAUAAUUUAAAUUCUAUGAAAUAAUGGUUUUCCAGGAAGAAUGACGGAAGCUUUGUUUGUGGUUUUUGGUAUUACAGGAACUACGACAAAUGCUUGAGCGACACAGAGCCCAGAAUGAGACCUGGCUACGUGCACGGGCAGAGGAGAAUGACAAGGAAAGGAAGGGGCUGUGUAAACUCAGAGUAACUAACCACACACACAAACAGUAGCACAAACAUAAACAUGCAUGCAGUUCCAGGUGUAGAGUUAAAAGUGUAUUCCUCAAGUGUAGGAGAUUACAUGUGAAGUUGUACUCAAUUCAGUUUUAUUUCUAGUGGAUGAUCACAUGACAUUAUGGGUUACAGUCAUACCUUUCAGUACUAGGCUACCAGAAAACCCCUAAUCUGUUCAGAAAAGGUAGCCGUCCACCUAUGAAUACGCCAAUGUGCUUUUGCUGAAGUGUACGCUCAAUGUCCUGCUGAAAGCCAGGUAUAGGGCAUAUUUUUCCAUAGAAUAAGGAAUUAGAAUACUAGAAUGGAAAUGAACCUUCUUAUGAUGGUCCAAGGGUCAGCCAUGUUGGUCAGGGAGUUGGUCAACCAUGGUUUGCCAGUGCCUUCAGAAAGUAUUCACAUCCCUUGACUUUUUCCACAUUUUGUUGUGUUACAGCCUGAACUUAAAAUGGAUUAAAUUGAGAUGUUGUGUCACUGGCCUACUCACAAUACCCCAUAAUGUCAAAGUAGAAUGAUGUUUAGAUUAUUUUUUUAAACAAAUUAAUUACAAAUUAAAAGCUGAAAUGUCUUGAGUCAAUAAGUAUUCAACCCCUUUGUUAUGGCAAGCCUAAAUAAGUUCAGGAGUAAAAAGUUGUAUAAUAAGUGGCAUGGACUCACUCUGUAUAUUAGUGUUUAACAUGAUUUGUGAAUGACUACCUCAUCUCUGUACCCCAUACAUAUACAGUGGGGAGAACAAGUAUUUGAUACACUGCCGAUUUUGCAGGUUUUCCUACUUACAAAGCAUGUAGAGGUCUGUAAUUUUUAUCAUAGGUACACAACUGUGAGAGACGGAAUCUAAAACAAAAAUCCAGAAAAUCACAUUGUAUGAUUUUUAAGUAAUUAAUUUGCAUUUUAUUGCAUGACAUAAGUAUUUGAUACAUCAGAAAAGCAGAACUUAAUAUUUGGUACAGAAACCUUUGUUUGCAAUUACAGAGAUCAUAAGUUUCCUGUAGGUCUUGACCAGGUUUGCACACACUGCAGCAAGGAUUUUGGCCCACUCCUCCAUACAGACCUUCUCCAGAUCCUUCAGGUUUCGGGGCUGUCGCUGGGCAAUACGGACUUUCAGCUCCCUCCAAAGAUUGUCUAUUGGGUGCAGGUCUGGAGACUGGCUAGGCCACUCCAGGACCUUGAGAUGCUUCUUACGGAGCCACUCCUUAGUUGCCCUGGCUGUGUGUUUUGGGUCGUUGUCUUGCUGGAAGACCCAGCCACGACCCAUCUUCAAUGCUCUUACUGAGGUUAGGAGGUUGUUGGCCAAGAUCUCGCGAUACAUGGCCCCAUCCAUCCUCCCCUCAAUACGGUGCAGUCGUCCUGUCCCCUUUGCAGAAAAGCAUCCCCAAAGAAUGAUGUUUCCACCUCCAUGCUUCACGGUUGGAAUGGUGUUCUUGGGGUUGUACUCAUCCUUCUUCUUCCUCCAAACACGGCGAGUGGAGUUUAGACCAUAAAGCUCUAUUUUUGUCUCAUCAGACCACAUGACCUUCUCCCAUUCCUCCUCUGGAUCAUCCAGAUGGUUAUUGGCAAACUUCAGAUGGGCCUGGACAUGCGCUGGCUUGAGCAGGGGGACCUUGCGUGCGCUGCAGGAUUUUAAUCCAUGGCGGCGUAGUGUGUUACUAAUGGUUUUCUUUGAGACUGUGGUCCCAGCUCUCUUCAGGUCAUUGACCAGGUCCUGCCGUGUAGUUCUGGGCUGAUCCCUCACCUUCCUCAUGAUCAUUGAUGACCCACGAGGUGAGAUCUUGCAUGGAGCCCCAGACCGAGGGUGAUUGACCGUCAUCUUGAACUUCUUCCAUUUUCUAAUAAUUGCGCCAACAGUUGUUGCCUUCUCACCAAGCUGCUUGCCUAUUGUCCUGUAGCCCAUCCCUGCCUUGUGCAGGUCUACAAUUUUAUCCCUGAUGUCCUUACACAGCUCUCUGGUCUUGGCCAUUGUGGAGAGGUUGGAGUCUGUUUGAUUGAGUGUGUGGACAGGUGUCUUUUAUACAGGUAACGAGUUCAAACAGGUCCAGUUAAUACAGGUAAUGAGUGGAGCACAGGAGGGCUUCUUAAAGAAAAACUAACAGGUCUGUGAGAGCCAGAAUUCUUACUGGUUGGUAGGUGAUCAAAUACUUAUGUCAUGCAAUAAAAUGCAAAUGAAUUACUUAAAAAUCAUACAAUGUGAUUUUCUGGAUUUUGUUUUAGAUUUCGUCUCUCACAGUUGAAGUGUACCUAUGAUAAAAAUUACAGACCUCUACAUGCUUUGUAAGUAGGAAAACCUGCAAAAUCGGCAGUGUAUCAAAUACUUGUUCUCCCCACUGUAAUUAUCUGUAAGGUUCCUUUAGUCGAGCAUUGAAUUUCAAACCCAGAUUCAACCACAAAGACCAGGGAGGUUUUCCAAUGCCUCGCAAAGAAGGGCAACUAUUUGUAGAUUAGUAAAAAAAUUAAAUAAAAAAAAGACAUUGAAUAGCAUGCUGAAGUUAUUAAUUACACUUUGGCUGGUGUAUCAAUACACUCAGUCACUACAAAGAUACAGGCUUCCUUUCUAACUCAGUUGCCGUAGAGGGAUUUCACCAUUAGGCCAAUGGUGACUUUAAAACAGUUACAGAGUUUAAUGGCUGUGAAAGGAGAAAACUGAGAAUGUAUCAACAACAUUGUAGUUACUCCACAAUAUUAACCUAAAUGACAGAGUGAAAAUAAGGAAGCCUGUACAGAAUAAAACAUAUUACAAAACAUGCAUCCUGUUUGCAAUAAGGCACUAAAGUAAAAUUGCAAAAUAUUUGGCAAAGAAAUUAACUUUAUGUCCUGACUACUACAAAGCGUUAUGUUUGGGGCAAAUCCAAUACAACACAUCACUGAGUACCACUCUUUAUAUUUUCAAGCAUGGUGGUGGCUGCAUCAUGUUAUGGGUAUGCUUGUCAUCGGCAAGGACUUGGGAGUUUAUAAUGGGAUAAAUAGAAAUGGAAUAGAGCUAAGCACAGGCAAAAUCCUAGAGGAAAACCUGGUUCAAUCUGCUUUCCAACAGACACUGGGAGACAAAUUCACCUUUCAGCAGGACAAUAACCUAAAAUACAAGGCCAAAUAUACACUGGAGUUGCUUACCAAGACGACAUUGAAUGUUCCAGAGUGGCCUAGUUACAGUUUUGACUUAAAUCAGCUUGAAAAUCUAUAGCAAGACUUGAAAAUGGCUGUCUAGACUUACCCAGAAAGACUCCCAGCUGUAAUUGCUGCCAAAGGUGAUUAUAACAUGUAUUGACUCAGUGGGUUGAAUACUUAUGUAAUCAAGAUAUAUUAGUGUUUUCUUUUUCAGAUUUUUUUUUUUUUAUGUUAGAAUUUUUCUUCCACUUUGACAUUAUAGAGUUUUUUGUGUAGUUGGUUGACAAAAAAUGACAAUUAAAUCCAUUUGAAUCCCACCUUGCAACACAACAAAAUGUGGAAAAAAUAAAUGAGUGUGAAUACUUUCUGACGGCACUGUAUGUGUGUUAGCUAGCUAGCCAGUCAGUUUUAGAGGUAUGAUUCCAUUAAUUUGUCAAAUUAACAGCCACACACUAGCUCAUUUCAGUUGAUAAUAGGACUUAAACAAGUUGUAAAUGCAACCAGUACUGAUAUUGUAGCUCAGUUGGUAGAGCAUGGCGUUUGCAACGCCAGGGUUGUGGGUUCGAUUCCCACGGGGGGCCGGUAUGAAAAGAAAAAUAAUGUAUGCACUCACUAACUGUAAGUCGCUCUGGAUAAGAGCGUCUGCUAAAUGACUAAAAUGUAAAUGUAAAAAUAUAAUAGCACUCACAGCUUUUCAAGAAAACAAAAGCUGAAACAUUUAUGGCCUGUUUACAUAUAUUUUUGAGUCUAUUUAUACAGAAAAUGUGUAUAAAUCCCGAAUAAACUGUAUUUAUAGUUAUAUUACAAUAUUUUAGGUUGACUAUAAUUCCAUUACACAAUUGCUGAUACAUCACAUGCCAUAGUUGUAUUUUCCUGCAUAAUAAAAAGCAGGAAAUGCAUCACCUAUGCCAUACCAAAACUAGAAUAGUCCCAAUAAGCAAAAUGACGUUGAUAAGACGGGGGGGGGGGGGGGGCAGUCUGAAAAUGUAUGCACUCACUAAUUGUAAGUCACUCUAGAUAAGAGCGUCUGCUAAAUGACUAAAAUGUAAAACAGGCUGUUGCAUUGGCUUUAUGAUUCCUGUGACUAAUCAAUUUGGCUAUUUAAGCUCUGAAUAUCAGCUACCCAACUUUAUCAGGAUCUAUCGUGAGCCUAUUUGCAAUGUGUUUACACAGCGGGAAAUGCAGAAGUAUUUUAUUUUAGCCAUGGUCAGCUUGUAAAAAAUGUAUGGAUACAAACUUGAAACCACUGAUCAUGACAAUGGGGUGAAACUCCUGGACAACAGUUGUGAUUGUCCAUUCCAUAUUGUCCAUUUAACUUUGACCUGUCCCGUUUUUAGGAUAUAUUGUUAAUUAACACGACAGCGCAUUUUUUAUUUGAUUGAGCGCCAUUUAGGUUAGGCUAUUUGAUCGGAGAAACCUGCAUCAUGAUAUAGAAAGUGUCCAUCUCAUUACAUUGUCACACAUUCAAUAUCCAGCCUGUAGGCUACAGAAAAUGCCACAUACUAUUUCUACCAUGUCCUAUAUCUGCUACAUGAUUAAUGUUAGAUUAUUUGUUUGAUGGAACGUUGGUGCAUCGCUGUGUGCUGGGAAUGGACAAGCAAAAUAUUUUUGCUGCCCCUGCCUUUGACAAAUCGGCCACUGCUUAUCACAGGGCGGCAUCAGCGCUCACCUACAGUGCCUUGCAAAAGUAUUCAUCCCCCUUGGCGUUUUUCCUAUUUUGUUGCAUUAUAACCUGUAAUUUAAAUUGAUUUUUAUUUGGAUUUCAUGUAAUGGACAUACACAAAAUAGUCAAAAUUGGUGAAGUGAAAUGAAAAUAACUUGUUUAAAAAAAUUCUAAUAAAUAAAUAACGGAAAAGGGGUGCGUGCAUAUGUAUUCACCCCCUUUGCUAUGAAGCCCCUAAAUAAGAUCUGGUGCAACCAAUUACCUUCAGAAGUCACAUAAUUAGUUAAAUAAAGUCCGCCUGUGUGCAAUCUAAGUGUCACAUGAUCUGUCACAUGAUCUCAGUAUAUAUACACCUGUUCUGAAAGGCCCCAGAGUCUGCAACACCACUAAGCAAGGGGCACCACCAAACAAGCGGCACCAUGAAGACCAAGGAGCUCUCCAAACAGGUCAGGGACAAAGUUGUGGAGAAGUACAGAUCAGGGUUGGGUUAUAAAAAAAUAUCAGAAACGUUGAACAUCCCACGGAGCACCAUUAAAUCCAUUAUAAAAAAAUUGAAAGAAUAUGGCACCACAACAAACCUGCCAGGAGAGGGCCGCCCACCAAAACUCACAGACCAGGCAAGGAUGGCAUUAAUCACAGAGACAACAAAGAGACCAAAGAUAACCCUGAAGGAGCUGCAAAGCUCCACAGCGGAGAUUGGAGUAUCUGUCCAUAGGACCACUUUAAGCCGUACACUCCACAGAGCUGGGCUUUACGGAAGAGUGGCAAUAAAAAAGCCAUUGCUUAAAGAAAAGAAUAAGCAAACACUUUGGUGUUCACCAAAAGGAAUGUGGGAGACUCCCCAAACAUAUGGAAGAAGGUACUCUGGUCAGAUGAGACUCAAAUUGAGCUAUUUGGCCAUCAAGGAAAAUGCUAUGUCUGGCGCAAACCCAACACCUCUCAUCACUUUGAGAACACCAUCCCCUCAGUGAAGCAUGGUGGUGGCAGCAUCAUGCUGUGGGGAUGUUUUUCAUCGGCAGGAACUGGGAAACUGGUCAGAAUUGAAGGAAUGAUGGAUGGUGCUAAAUACAGGGAAAUUCUUGAGGGAAACCUGUUUCAGUCUUCCAGAGAUUUGAGACUGGGACGGAGGUUCACCUUCCAGCAGGACAAUGACCCUAAAGCAACACUUGAGUGGUUUAAGGGGAAACAUUUCAAUGUCUUGGAAUGGUCUAGUCAAAGCCCAGACCUCAAUCCAAUUGAGAGUCUGUUGUAUGACUUAAAGAUUGCUGUACACCAGUGGAACCCAUCCAAGUUGAAGGAGCUGGAGCAAUUUUGCCUUGAAGAAUAGGCAAAAAUCCCAGUGGCUAGAUGUGCCAAACUUAUAGAGACAUACCCCAAGAGACUUGCAGCUGUAAUUGCUGCAAAAGGUGGCUCUACAAGGGGGGGGGGGGGGGGGGGGGUAAAUCAAAUGAUUCAAACCUAAAAAAAAUGUAAGGCAACAAUAUAGGAAAAAUGCAAAGGGGUGUGAAUACUUUCGGAAGCCACUGUAAAUAGCCCAUAUGCCACAGGUUGAGACAUUUUUUAAUAAUUUCUGGGCAGAAUUAUUUGAGGUUCUAUGUGUUGUUGUUGGAUGUGCGUCUUGGACAGUUUAGCUCAGAAAAUGUAGUCCUAGUCAAUCUUCCGCCAUAGGCCGUUGCCUAAUCCUGCCUAAUAAGAGGGCCGGCCAUGGCUUUAUGACAUACCUCUCUAGUAAUUUAAUAGGAUCUUUAUGUAUUUUUCAUGAAUUUUCCCUCUCUCUUCCAAGGAGGAGGUUGUGCACGAGCAGGGGAGACUGAAAGAGGAGCAGGGAAACAUCCAGAAACGCAGCGAGCACCUCCUAUCCAUCAUGCAACAGUUUAAAGGCAUGUAA